CACCGUUCGACGUUCGCCAAGUUCGGUACCCGCGCGCACUUUCGUCCGUUCUCCAAAAGGUCACAACCACCACAAAACGGGAAUCAAAUUCAGAAAAUUUCAAUUUCAAGGAUCCCAAUUUUGGACGGAGCCCGCCGUCGCGCCGGUCAGUCGGGGUAGAACAACGGAACGACUAGGACUCGAGCCGAAGUGACCCAUGGAAGCUAGUGAAAAGGCGGCGUGCUGUGAUGGCGGUGACGGUAGUAGGCCAUGGGUACGCCUUUGGCAGGCGCUCACGAACAAUCAAACGCUCGAUCAGUGGCUGGGGCAUGGCCUACUGUUGGUGAAGGAAGAUAUGUUAGGGUCGUCGUCGUCGGGAAGGGCGGUUCCGGUCGUGUGGCAGAUUUUGUACCUUCUGGCGGGGGUGGUGACGGCGUGGUUGUGCUGGAAGUUUUACUACAGCCCGGUGGUUUGGAAGAGGGACCUCACCGACAUCGGCUACAACCACGUGCUGGACAACGAGGGAAUCCGGCGGGGCCGCGCCGGGGACAAACGCCGCGCUCACACCAUCAACCGGCUGCGCCGCCUCCGCAAGGUUGGCCAACGCAUUCCGCCGCCCUUCCCGAACGGCUGGUUCGGCAUCCUCGAGUCGGAACAGCUGGCCACGGGGCAGGCCCGGGCGGUGGAUUGCCUGGGGCAGAACUUUGUCGUGUUCCGGGCGUCGGAUUCCGGCCAAGUGAGCGUCCUCGAUGCCUACUGUCCCCAUUUGGGUGCGAAUCUGGGCGUCGGUGGGAUUGUCCGCGGGGAUUGCAUCGAGUGUCCGUUCCAUCACUGGUCGUUCAGCGGUCGCGAUGGCCAAUGUGUCAACAUUCCGUACAGCAAGUCCGGGGCGGUGCCGAAGGUGGCCAAAGUGAAAAAGUGGACCUCGAUGGAGGCGAACGGGUUCAUCUUUGUGUGGCACCACGUGGACGAGGGCGUCGAACCGUGGCCGAUGAUGGUCGUUCCGGAGGUGGAGGACGGACGGUGGGUUUACUACGGGAAGAAUGAGUUUCUGGUGAACGCUCACAUUCAGGACAUUCCGGAGAAUGGGGCGGACGUGGCGCACUUGUCGGCGGUGCACGGGCCGAACUGUUUGUCCGGAAGUGACAUCCGGUACUCGAGACCGGCGUGGGCGGAGUUUGGAAUGCACGCGUGGCAUGCGAGCUGGCACGCCCCCUCCGAGGAAAACGACGACCCGCCCCACAUCGCCCGGAUGGACCUGAAGCACUCGUUCCGGUUCUUCAACAAGCUCGAAGUUUGCACCGUCGACGUCAAAGCGUACCAAAUCGGGCCCGGCUACGUCCAGCUGGCCAUGCAAACCGGCCUCGGCCCGAUGGUCGCCCUCCAGACCGUCACCCCCGUCGAACCGCUCGUCCAGAAGGUCAUCCACCGGUUCUACGCCCCGCGGACCAUCGGCAAUGCGUUCUUCCAGAAGUUUGCCGUUUGGGCGGAGAGUGUGAUGUUCGAACGGGACAUGAUGAUCUGGAACCACAAACAGUUUGUGGACACGCCACUGCUCAUCAAGGAGGACCGGUUGAUCAAGGCCUACCGGAAGUGGUACAGUCAGUUCUACUCGGAAAACAGCACCAGCUAUUCGGUGGCCAAGGAGGGCUUGGAUUGGUGAGAUUUGAACGAAACAAAGCGAAUUUGUUGCAUUUUUUGUAGGUUUAGAAGUUAUUUGUGAUUUUCGCCAUUGAAAAGUAGUGCAGGAAGAAGAUAUUCAAUAAUUUUAUUCCAAAAAUUCGAAAUAAACCA